GUUCGUUUGUUUGAAAGGGUGGUUUGGCGAACCGUGGGUCUGGAGGUCGGUGAUUGGUGUGACAAAUACCAAGGCGAUUCUGCUUGUGUUGUAUUGCUGGUCACUACUUGCCAUCAGCUAUGGGCACCAUGCAUUUUGGUGGGCUUUCAGCUGUAUCAGUGCUGGUUUUCUUCAUUCAGACAGCGGCCGCUCACGAGUGUUACGUGUGCGUCGGCCAGGCGGGCAACGGCGGCAAGUGCACGGAGACGGUGGCGCUGUGCGAGUACGAGGAGAAGUCCUGCAUGACCACCGUCAGCUGGGGGAGCACCCCCGGUUGGCGGCUCGGCGUGCCGAUGAUGCACUUUGUGUCGAAACAGUGCGCCACCGACGUGCAAUGCGAGAGGAUGCGCAUGCGCAAUAUGCCGUUCUGCACGCGCAUCUCGUACGAGGACUGGCGGUGCACCUCCUGCUGUAAAGGCGACCGCUGCAACUAUUACAUCAUCGACGGCGCUGGGUCGCUGCAGGCGGCCGUCUUGCUGGUGUCGGCCUCGCUGGGCCUGCUCGUGCUGCACGGCCGGCUGUUGUGAGCGCGUCGCCGCGGCUCAGCCGCCUCGGCCACUGCCGCGUCACACCCGGAGAGGCCCUGUGCGCCGCCGCGCGGCGUACGUGAAGCCUCGGGCGUGGUAGUGCCAUGUGCGCAAUGUGCAGUGGUGUAUGGGACGCUGUGAGAGAUGCUGCUUGGGUGGAUAUAUGCCAAGUGGCCCUGCCGGAGGGAUGGAAUCUCGUGCUGUUGUGACGUAUCUUUUUAGCUUUAUAGCUGGUUGUACCUAGCGCAUCGCUUUAGACAUAGUCCAGCCUUCUAUGUUUCAGUUAUGCCAUCAUUUUAU